AUGACCGUCACCGACCCGUCUCCCAGCCGCGAGCGCAUUGGCUACCUCUUCGGUCACCCCAUCGCGCACUCCAUGUCCCCUUUGCUGCACCAGACCGUGUAUGAUGGCAUUGGUCUGAACUGGGAGCAGCUGUACCUUGAUUCCACAGACAUGCUCGACUUCCUCGAGCGGAUAAAGGACCCCAGAUUCUACGGCGCCUCGGUGACGAUGCCGCACAAAGUAGCCAUCCUAAAACAUCUCGACGACAUCACCGAGGAGGGCCGCGAAGUCGGAGCCUGCAACACGCUUUUCAUCCGCACAGACCCAGAAACCGGCCGGCGCAUUUUCACCGGCACCAACACCGACGUCGUCGGCAUCCGAGACGCCUUUUACCAGAACAUUUCGGACGCCGACGCCAGCUUCCACAACCGGCCCGGUCUCAUCGUCGGCGGCGGCGGUGCGGCGCGCUCGGCCGUGUACGCCCUGCGCAAGUGGAUGAAGGCCAAGUCGAUUUACAUUGUGAACCGCGACGACGCCGAGGUCGAGGCAGUCAUCAACGAGUGCAAGGCUCGCGGUUUCGGCGACGGGCUCAUCCACGUGAAGACGGUGGAGCAGGCCCAGGCCCUGGAAGGCCCCGGCGCCGUGGUCGCCUGCGUGCCCAACUUCCCCCCGAAGACGGACAAGGAGAUCCAGGCGCGCGCGGUGCUGGAGACGAUGCUGAACAAGGAGCACAAGGGCGCCGUGCUCGAGAUGUGCUACCACCCGUCGCCCUGGACCGAGAUUGCUGAGGUUUCGGAGAAGGCGGGCUGGCAGGUUAUUCUUGGAACCGAGGCCAUGAUUUACCAGGGUCUCGAGCAGGAUAAGUACUGGACCGGCAAGGAAGUCUCCGAGCUGCCAGUGGAGAAGGUCAAAGCGGUUAUCGCCGCCAAGCUAGCCGAGGCGAACAAGUUGGCAAAUGGCCACUCGAAUCACUAG